CCCUCCUGUUAGCACAAACAUACAUGUGUUAAAGCCAGAUCCCACACGCACACACACCCUGCUUCUGUCUGUCUUACUAGUCUCUGUGUGUGAGGUGCUUUUUGCUUUGACAAUGUCAGGUUUUGUGGAUGGAUAUCGCUCCCUCCGGAGGAGAGCGCGCUGAAACUUCCUCCCACCUCUCUUUCAUCUUUCAGGAAUCUGCUGUUAACUGCUGUCGUUGUCCGUGGCUUUAAAUUUCCUUUGCCAUGGCCAAACGCGAGGCUGGAAGUACCAGCCCUGUGGUGCGUCAGAUAGACAAGCAGUUUCUGGUCUGCAGCAUCUGCCUGGAUCAUUACCGCAACCCCAAGGUCCUGCCCUGCCUGCACACCUUCUGUGAAAGCUGUCUCCAGAACUACAUUCCCCCUGAGUCUCUGACACUCUCAUGCCCAGUGUGCCGGCAGACAUCUAUCCUGCCAGAGAAAGGAGUUUGUGCCCUGCAGAACAACUUCUUCAUCACUAAUCUUAUGGAGGUCCUUCAACGAGACCCAGAGUGCUCGCGGCCAGAGGCCUGCAGUGUGUUGGAAUCAGUCAGUGCUGCAGCUGCAGGGAAGCCGCUCUGCUGCCCAAACCACGAAGGAAAGGUGAUGGAGUUCUACUGCGAGUCAUGUGAGACAGCCAUGUGUUUGGAGUGCACAGAGGGCGAGCACAGGGAGCACAUGACUGUUCCUCUGCGGGAUGUGGUGGAACAGCACAAGGCUGCGCUGAAGACACAGCUGGAUGCCAUACACAGCAGGCUACCUCAGUUAACAGCAGCCAUCGAGCUGGUGAGUGAGAUCUCUCGACAGCUCAAUGAAAGGAAGAAUGAGGCAGUAGCGGAAAUUACAAAUACGUUUGAAGAGCUGGAACAGGCGCUGCAUCAGCGCAAGACGGCCCUCAUCACAGACUUGGAGAAUAUCUGCAGUACCAAGCAGAAGGUCCUGCAGGCCCAGCUUUCAGCUCUCCUCCAGGGGAAGGAACAUAUUCAGAGCAGUUGCAGUUUCACAGAGCAAGCUCUCAGCCAUGGUAGUGCUACUGAGGUGCUGCUGGUUCAGAAGCAAAUGAGUGAGCGGGUAAACGCGCUGGCCAGACAUGACUUCCCAGAGAAACCUCAUCAGAAUGCACACCUGGACUGCCAGGUGGAGACCGAGGGCCUGCGGCGCUCCAUCCAGAACCUGGGUGUUCUCCUCACCACAGCAGCUGUGGCUCACACUUCCGUGGCCACAGGAGAGGGCCUCCGCCAUGCAGCAACUGGGCAACACCAAACUAUUACUGUGACAACAAAAGACAAAGAUGGGGAGCUGGUGCGGACAGGAAACGCUGUUUUAAAAGCAGAGAUAACGUCCGCUGAUGGGAGCCGGGCUGCAGAGACGGAGAUAACGGACAAUAAGAAUGGAACAUAUGAGGUGGGCUACACGUUACGCUCUGAGGGAGAGUACUCGUUUUCUUUGCUGCUGUACGGACAGCCGGUACGUGGCAGCCCUUUCCGACUGCGAGCAGUUAAGCCGUCAGAUGUUCCGCAAUCUCCAGACGAUGUGAAGCGGAGGGUGAAGUCCCCCAGUGGCACGGGGGGCCACAUACGGCAGAAGGCAGUGCGACGGCCUUCCAGUAUGUACAGCACGACUAAGAAAAAGGAGAACCCCAUUGAAGAUGAGCUCAUCUACAGAGUGGGUUCUCGGGGUAGAGAGAAAGGCGAGUUCACAAAUCUCCAGGGGAUCUCAGCCUCUAGUAAUGGCAGAGUGGUGGUGGCUGACAGCAACAACCAGUGCAUACAGGUUUUCUCCAAUGACGGCCAAUUCAAGAUGCGCUUUGGGGUCAGAGGUCGGUCUCCAGGGCAGCUGCAAAGACCGACGGGUGUCACUGUUGACAUGAACGGUGACAUUGUGGUGGCCGACUAUGACAAUCGGUGGGUCAGCAUCUUCUCUCCUGAUGGGAAGUUUAAGAAUAAGAUCGGUGCAGGACGGCUCAUGGGUCCCAAGGGUGUGGCUGUGGAUAAGAACGGACACAUUAUCACUGUGGACAACAAGGCUUGCUGCGUCUUCAUCUUUCAAUCCAAUGGGAAACUUGUGACCAAGUUUGGAGGCAGAGGGACUUCUGACAGACAGUUUGCAGAAAAACUUGGCCCAAACAUAAAUAAAUCUGGCUCAGUUUUCAGCCCGCAUUUUGUUGCCGUGAACAACAAGAAUGAAAUUAUCGUGACCGAUUUUCACAAUCACUCUGUGAAGGUGUAUAGCGCUGAUGGGGAGUUCCUGUUCAAGUUCGGCUCUCAUGGCGAAGGGAACGGCCAGUUCAACGCUCCCACUGGCGUGGCUGUGGAUGCCAAUGGAAACAUCAUUGUAGCUGAUUGGGGUAACAGCAGAAUACAGGUGUUUGACAGCACGGGGUCCUUCUUAUCCUACAUUAACACUUCGGCAGACCCGCUGUACGGCCCCCAGGGCCUAGCGCUGACCUCAGAUGGACACGUGGCUGUUGCAGACUCUGGCAAUCAUUGCUUUAAAGUUUACAGAUAUCUGCAGUAGACUGAGGGGAAGACAUCGCCGCCACCACCAACUCCUGCUUUAAAAAUCAAUGUCACAUAUUUCUUGCAGAGAAAAAGUUGCAACAUGCCUGCACGCUUCCCAGAGGCUCCAUGUCCAAAUUAAUUUCCUGUUCAUUUUGUCUGUAAAAUACUUCAAGGAUUUCAUGUCAAGAGUUUAAGAACAAGAAAUGAUAUUAAGAACGAACUUCCAAAACGUGCAAUUUUAAUGUUUUCAAAGACAAAAUUGGCUAGAUAUCACAAAAACUACUGCAAGAAUAGAAACCAUAAUUACUGAAACGGCAGUAAGUUCUUGGAUUACUUCUAUCUUAAAAAACAAUCAAUCAGGUAAACAUAUCUCAUAUAGAGACUUUCAAAUACUUGCGUUUUUUAAAAGAAUGUGAGAUAGGGGCAUGAAAUGCCUCCAUACUUUCAACAGCCUCUGCUCAACUAUACACCUGCAAAGUUAAAUGACUACAUCUUGUACAGUCGCGUUGCUGUUACAUGGCAAAAUAGGUCCAUAGACAGAUAUGCAUACAUCAAAAACACCUAAACAAUCAAUUAGGCAUGUCUAUAUUUUGUCAUUCUUGGUUUGUCUAACUUUAACUUUCCAUAAAGCUGAGCUAUAAUGCUUCUCUCCACCUCAUUUUUUUACUCUUGGACUCUACUAGAGUAGCUUUGCAUGAUUCUGUCUGAAACAAGCUGUUUUAGUUUGAGGUUUGAGAUGGGCUUUAUCAGCAGAUGGGCAGUGUUGCGCUUCUCACAGAGCUGCGUGCCUGAAAAUCAAUAAUUCGAUUUUGGUACCUAAAAUUUUCAGCUUAAUAACUUGAAAUGUCAAGUUAUUGAGGGAAACAGAGUGCUUUAGGCAGCUAGAAGCCUGAGCUAUUAGCGCAUGGGAAUUAUUUGCACAAACACUUGGCUAAAUUUGUGAUUAGUAUCAAUGUCACAGUAAAAAAAAAGGAAACGUGUGUGUGUGUGUGUGUGUGUGUAUGAAUGACAUAGAUUAGGUAUAAGCAUAAUAGUUUACUUUGAUUGGCUUUGAGCCUAAAACGAACCAACUAUCCACAGGGAAAAAUGAACAGGAAAUUAACCCCCUGGCUCAAAGGCCUUUUAGCUCUAUUCCCCAAGUGUAUCUUCACAGCCUGUCAGUCUUAAAUUGUUUUGUUUUGGCAAUGCAGAUGGGCAACACUCAGUAUCCAGCAAACAAGGCAAUGCAAUGAAGAUUCCCUGUUUCCUGAAAGGAACAUGAUGCUUUAUGAGUAAAAAAAUGCUCAGGCCUUUCCUUGAACAACGUUGCAUGUUCGUGUGCUCUGAAAAUGAUCUUCUUGUCACUGCCUUACAAUAUUCAUCAGCGAACUCUGCAGAAACUUCAGGAAUGUGUUGUUUUAAAAGGAACUGCUUAUCAUUCUCAUUCUGCACCUUAUCAGUCUGACAUGAUCACUGCACAAUUAAAAUUAUUCUUAUCAUUGUUUUUUAAAAUUUUUUUAUUUCUGUUUAGGCAUAAGAUGAGUUUACGUAUAUGCAAGUUGUUUUAUUUUGGGAUCCAAAGACAAGCAUCAAAAAGCACAGUAGUUUAAAAAAAAAGGCUAAAUAUCUGAACCAGCUCCCCCUCCCCUAAAGUCGGAGCCCUUCUAGCAAAACAAAAUAAUAGUAACUAGUCCUUGCACUUUCGUAUAUUCAUACCUACAAUUCACUGUAGUUGUGCAUAUGCAUAUUUACACGUAUGUAUAUAUUUAUAUAUAUAUAUAUAUGUGGAUUUGGUGUCUAUAUAGCCUACAUAUUCCAGCACUUAAACAGAAACAAGAUCACGCCAAGUAGUUGUUAACUGAAUGAAUGAAACAUCAGUGGAACAAAGUUGUAAUAAGUACAUAUUAUUUGCUGUAUUCUUUUUUUUUUCCCUUUUUGCAAAAGAAUUUAUUUAUUUACAAAUUUCUUUUCUACAUAAUUUGUUUGACAAAUUAUUUUUCUAAUUGGUCGGUUUGAACCUUCUCCUCCUCUUUGCCAAACCUAGCCUAGCUAUACCAUUGUAACUUGUAGCACUCAAAGCUGUUUUCUGUUUUUGACUCUUCCCGGUCAAACAGUGAUGUUUCCUUCUGCCAAAACCUAUUGUUGUAAGUUGCUGUUGAACAUUGCACAGAAUACAAAUAAUGAGAGUUAUAUAGUUUGCAAGAGUAAUAUAUGCCUCUAUGUAUAGUUCAUUUUGACAUAAUCAGAACGUGUACUGUAUAUUACAAUCAUAUUCCUGUUGUAGCUGACAAGCACUUUUAUCGUGGAUUUUCCAGGAUUUGUAUUCAUUUGCUCUGUAGUUCAAUGUUUAGAGGUUUUUGUUUUUUGUGCGUGUGGCUCUUACAAAAACACCAGCUAAUAUGCAGUGACACAAAAUCAUCUCUCACCUGUGUUUUAGAAAUACUGUCUGUCCCCCAGUACUGACUCUUUCAUUCUGAUUUUCCAUCUUCAUUUCCUAUUUAUUGGAAAAUUGACAGAUUGAGCUAAACUUCCCUUCUCAUUAGACUGUAUUUAUUCUUUUUGUUGUUGCUUUUAACUGUCAAAGACAUGUGGGGGAAAAACUGAAGCACAUACAGUAUUAAUAAAAUUACAUCAACUUUUGUGUAUACAACUGUGUACUACAAGAGGCCAUUUACAAGUAAUCAGUCCGUUCAUGUAUCACGGGGAAGGUAUGAUUGUAAAUUAAAGAAUGACUAAACUAC